AUGGGUGAAAAAGGAAACCGCUGGUCCUCAGGACUGACUUGGGGUUUUCAGCUUCACAUAAAUUGGCCCGGCCCCUACCCAGGCAAGCUUUUAAUCAUUAAACAGGUUAUUGAGCCAGUGCAGGUACAUAGUUUAGGUCCCAAUCUGGUCAAAACAUUACAGGAGCACAAGGAGACCCCCAAGCCAACCACCUCCAGACCAAGCUCACCAGGAACAUUUAACAUCUCCUCUACCCCGAGCCUCAGAGACAAACUGACAGAAACCCUUGGCCCUCUGGCUGUUACCAUUAGCUCAGCAAUUCAGGACCCCCUAUGGGCCUUAGUGAAUGCAGCCUUUACGGUCUGA